AAACUAAGGUACUGACUAGAGAGACAGAGGGAGUUGAGCCAUUAAAGAACGUGGGACCCUAAGAAUAAAGAACUGAUUGAUCAUUUCCAACCCCUCUUCCCCGAAAAUAAACUCAAAAAGGUGGACGCGCUGGAAGACCCCAGGCUGUGGGACUCGGGAGACGUCCCGGACCCACCGGAUAGCGAUUGGAUCCCACUUGUAACUUUGGAAGGGAAAGGCGGGUCACGCCCGCGGAGUGGUGAGAGGCAGACAUCCCACUUUCAGUUCUUCUUUAAGGUACCUGGAAGUAUUGUUUUGUCAGUAUGUGUCUUUGUGUUUUCCGUGUUAUUUGUGACUUACUUACUCGAGGACAUGGGACAAAAUUAAGUAACACCUUUGAGUCUUUUCCAGGAUCAUUUUUCUGACUUCAAAAAGAAGGCUAGAGGACAAGGGCUGGAGGUCAAAAAGAGCAGACUCUUUGUCCUUUGCAGGAAUGAAUGUCCAAUCUUUGAUGCUGGAUGCCCGAAAGGGGGAACAUUUGACCUCCCCAGUAUUUUCAAGGUUAAAAAUAUUAUAUUCGGGCAGCCAGGACACCCCGACCAGGUUCCUUAUGUUGCCACCUGGCAGGCCCUGGUUGAAGAGCCCCCCGCCCAAUGGCUCAAACCAUUUUUACCACCGCAAAGGUUCAAAGACAGCUAUCCUCACCCUGUGCCAGGAUGAAUGGCAAAAAAGUGAAACCAAACUGUCCACCCCACUUUAUCCUGCCCUCCAGGGCAGAACGGAGGAAGAACUUCUGUGUGAGCCGCCCCCAUAUCUGCCCACACUGCUGGCACAACCUGGGUGUUUAGAGCCCCCAGGAGAGGCUGAGGCAGCCCAAGCCCCUAGGAAUGAGACCCCCCUCAAACUCAGAGGAGGGUCCAGAGAGGACAGCCACAAGCAGUGGCAGACUCCACUGUCCUUCCCUUAAGGGAAGUGGGACCCCUUAAUGAGGCAGGAAACCAACAAAUGCAAUAUUGGCCAUUCACCACCAGUGACCUCUACAAUUGGAAAUUGCAAACGGCCAAAUUCUCUGAGAAAUCACAGGGCCUUAUUGAUCUGUUAGAGUCUGUUCUUUUAACCCAUCAGCCCACUUGGGAUGACAUCCAGCAGCUAUUACAGGUUCCAUUUACCACCGAGGAGAGGGACCAGAUCCAAACUGAGGCCUGGAAGCUGGUCCCCGGGGUGGAUGGGAACCCCACCACCAACCAGGCGCUGAUUGAUGAAGCCUUCCCGUUAGUCUGACCAAACUGGGACUUCAAUGUGGCAGAAGGCACCAGAAACAAGAGGCAGAAGAAAACAAGUAUGCAGUUGUAUUGGCCUCUGUCAACCAGUCAGCACCCAACAUUAGGUGCAAGUUACAAAAACUAGAUAAAUUGGCUGAUAAGACUCUACCGGAGCUUUUGGCAGUGGCAGAGAAAGCCCAGAAGACAAACAGGCUUGAGCCGCAGCCACUGCUAUCGCCAAGCAGACCCGAGACUUUGCUAAGAUCCUUCUGGGCUAUGACUACAAAGUUGCCUGAUGAGCGGGAAUGCCAACUGAGCUACCUCUCUGUGGACUCAGAAACUGGUACAUGGUAUUAGACUUGAAAGAUGCCUUCUUUAGCCUGCCUCUGGCCAAAGAGAGCCAGCUCUUCUUUGCUUUCGAAUGGCAAGACCAGGAGAUUGGCUUCAACGGGCAGCUGACUUGGACCCACCUGCCGCAGGGAUUCAAAAAUUCACCCACCCUGUUUGAUGAGGCUCUCCAUGAAGACCUGGCCCUCAAUCCAGCCACCCUGCUGCCUGAUCUGGACCUGGACAUGCCUUUGCAUGAUUGCGUGGGAAUCCUGAGCCAAGUGCACAGGCUCAGAAAAGACCUGACCGAUCAGCCGCUUCCUGAUGGCAGCAGUUUUGUGCAAAAUGGACAGAGACACAGCCAUGAGACCCUAGAACCUCGCUGGAAAGGACCGUACAUGGUGCUCCUGACUACCCCGACUGCAGUGAAAGUAGAUGGAGUUAACACCUGGAUUCAUCACACCCACGACUGGCUAGCGAGCCCACACCCAGACCCAGACCACCUUCGCCCUCCACCGAUCACUGCACCGGAUCCUGAAACAUGGAAAGUCCACAGGACAUGGACAACCCUCUCAAGCUAAGACUUUAUUGUUUUUAACGGCUUCUAUAUUGUCCUCUGGCAAGCCCACCCUAACCUUCCCAACACUGUGCUCUGGAGAUUCUCUUUCAAGGAAAUGUACCAGGGGAGAAACCAGGUGAUUGGCUGCCGAGAACCCCUAGACAUCAUAGUGUACCCCAAUGCCAGUAGCCACACAAAUGACGAAUAUGUCUGCUUUCCUUAUCGGCAGACAGACUUGUCAUGUUUAAAAGACAGCACCCUCUACAGAGGGUGCCGCUACUUCUGCAAGCUAGAGACAGGCCUAACCUGGGGACAAACAGGGAUUACAGAGGAGAGGUCCAUAUUCCUACUGGAAAACGGUCAACCUUAUUCCCAAAUAUAUGUUGCAGAUCCCUGGGACGCAUGCUGGCAUACUGGGGUAGUAGGAAAGUUCUACCCAGGGGGAGUCACCAGUUACCCCACUGCUGAUUUCCACAUUUCCCGCCUAUACUGACCCAUCAUAGCAUUAUUGUACAGGAAAAACAAACGGAGGAGCAGAUAAAAUCAACCAUGUCCUGGAAUCAAUAUAUACAAUAUGUGGUGGACUUUUUACCCUUCACCAACCACCCCAAUGCCUCUAAUUGCUUUCUUUGUACAUCUAGCAAUAGACCCUUGCUGACUGCAGUACCAGUUAAUGCUACUCUCUCUAAGGCUCCAGGAAAUAGCUCCUCUGAUGCCCAUUUGGUGGGCGUUCCCCUGUUUGAACAAUCACCUGACUACCCGCUUUGCAUUUCUGGUGAAGCCGUUCCUGCCCAUUAGAAGUUCCUUGCUAAUGUGACUCUUUCUGGAACUGCCUUCCCCUUUUUCUCUGGUGUGGGGGAGACAUUUUGACCUGCGUUAAUUCCUCUCAGCCUGCCUGUUGUGUUCCAGUAAUCAUCACCCCCCAGGUGUACUUGUUUGAGGGAGGAAGAGGCUGCUCUUCUCCUCUAUGACCAAUUGCGGAGUUUCCCUGUUAGUGGGUCUGGGACUCGCCCUCUCAGUACGCGCCAGGAGUGCAGCGACUGCGGCUAGCGUUCAAACCAAUCAUCUGGCAGGGGACUUCCAGUACAAGUUAGACCAGGCAAUGGCUUCCACAACCAACAGCCUUGAGUCCCUCCAAUGACAAAUGAAUUCACUUGCAGGAGUGGUUCUUCAGAACAGGUGAGCUCUGGACCUAAUCACAGCUGAACAGGGGGGAACUUGCAUGGUUUUGGGGGGAAAUUGCUGCUUCUUUGUCAAUGAGUCCAGUAUUGUUGAAGAAAAUGUAAAAACCCUCAAACACCUCCGCCAGGAACUCCUCUCCAGAUACCAACCUACAAAGCCACAAAAUUGUUAUGAUCAACUGUUCAAUUGGUCUCCCUGGCUUACCACUCUACUUUCAGCCUUGGCUG